AGGAGGGAGGGGGGUAGAAUAAGUACUGUGUGUCUGCUACCCCUGCCUCUCUCUGCUUUGAACCUGCAGGGCCAGCUGUGGCCGUGGUGCUGUGCUGGGGGAGGAGGGUUAAGCAAGGGGUGCAGGAUGGAGCCCCUCUUCGUGCAUGGCAGCCAGCUGCUCCGGAGAAUGCUCUGCCCUCGGAGGUUCUCGGCAACUUUCCUGGCAGCCAAGCUCCAGCCACCCAGAGCUAGCCUGUGUGUGUGGGUCACAGCUCACCCUGCUGCAGCUGGCUCCCUGCCUGGCUUCCAGCGUGGGGGCUCGGAGAGCCUGCUCGCUGGGCACAGUGCCCCUCGCCGCUUCCUCGCUGGCUCUAGCUUCAAUCUGCCUCCCAGUGCUCAGCUCGUAGCCAGGCCCGUGGGGGUCUGCUCCAUGAUGAAGCUGCCCGUUCAGACUUCACCAGAGGGACUAGAUGCUGCGUUUGUUGGGGUGCCCCUUGACACGGGAACCUCCAACCGUCCUGGCGCAAGGUUCGGCCCUCGCCAGAUUCGAGCCGAGUCGUGUAUGGUGAGGACCUAUAACCCCAGCACUGGGGCAGCACCUUUCCAUUCCCUCAUGGUUGCUGACAUUGGUGAUGUGAACGUGAACCUCUACAACCUGCAGGACAGCUGCAGGCAAAUCCGAGAAGCCUAUCAGAAGAUUGUGGCAGCCGGCUGCAUUCCCCUCACGCUGGGUGGCGAUCACACAAUAACAUACCCGAUCCUGCAGGCAGUGGCAGAAAAGCAUGGUCCCGUGGGACUGGUGCACGUGGAUGCUCAUACCGACACAGGAGACACAGCGCUGGGGGAGAAGAUCUACCAUGGGACGCCAUUCCGACGCUGUGUGGACGAGGGGCUCCUGGAUUGCAAACGCGUGGUUCAGAUCGGAAUCAGAGGCUCCUCCUAUACCCCGGAUCCCUACAAAUACUGCCGGGACCAGGGUUUCCGUGUCAUCCUGGCUGAAGACUGCUGGCUGAAGUCCUUGGUGCCACUGAUGGCGGAGGUGAGAAAGCAGAUGGGAGCCAAGCCCAUUUACAUCAGCUUUGAUAUUGAUGGAUUAGACCCUGCAUACGCCCCUGGCACAGGGACACCUGAAAUUGCUGGUCUCACACCUGCUCAGGCUUUGGAGAUCAUUCGUGGGUGCAAAGGACUGAAUAUAGUGGGAUGUGACCUUGUUGAAGUUGCACCAAUCUAUGAUGCUUCUGGUAACACAGCCCUCAUGGGAGCAAAUCUGCUGUUUGAAAUGCUGUGCGCUCUCCCGCGAGUCAAAACGAUUUAAAGCCGUGUAGGGCGGCUCCAGCUUAUGCAAAUCAAGUCACGACCCCUAUCUCUUCACCUACACGAUGAGUUUAAUAUUCCCAGCCUUUCCGCGCAAAUACUUCGACACAAUACGAAUGGAGAAAAAAGCCUGAAUGGAACAACUCAGUCCGAUUUUGCUUUUAAUUUCUGCCCUCCCUCACUCUCUGCAGGUAGAGAAGGGGCGAGGGAAAGCUAAGCUUUGUGGUAGAGAAUAAAAACCAUUCCUCACCAGA